AAGCGCAGAUUCCCCUCCAAACAAGCCCUAUGCUUUUUCUUCUCUUCUUCUCUCCCCCACACCCUCCCCCUCUCUCCCAAGAACAUCAUAUACCCCAUUGCUCAAAGAAAAUUAAGCCACUGGCCCCUUGAAGAUUGAGCUGAGAUUUCCGCACAACGGGUGCAAGGGCCGGAGGGGCGAGAGCAUUCCUUUCAGCGGGAAGCCGGCAACGCAUCUCCCCCUCUCUAUCUCCUCUUUCUCUCACCAGAGGCGAGUGAUGAAUCGAGGAGAAUUCCAGAGCUCCCUAGUGCAACAGAUGAUCUGGAGUGGCACUGGGGAUGGUGGUACCAGUAGUAUCAUGAGUAGCUUGAAGCCAUGCCACGAGGAACAAGAGGCGUCUCCCAAGCUGCCCUCCUUGUCUUCUCCCUCCAUGCUUUUCUCCCAGCAGUUUCCUCACAGCCCAUCAGGCCUGGGUCAUAUCAACGGCGGCACCUCUCUUCUAAGCUUGCAUGACGGCAGCACCGGCACCCAGGAGAGCCACAUGCCAGAGUCAUGGAGCCAGAUGAUACUCAGUGGGGGAUUGGUUGGAGAUCAAGAGAGAGAGGGAUACAACGCCACCACGGCUCUCCUGUCAAAGGGACUAGAGAAUUGGGGGGCUCAUCAGGCUGCUGUAAGUGCAUGCAUGGUUGGUACCAAGGAGGACGGCUCCAUGCCUCAGUCCGUCGCCGGAGGCGCUGCUUCUUACAACUUCUAUGGGAGCCAUCUUGCUGGUGACGGACAUGAGAUCCAGGCCAAGUCCCAGCUGAGCCAGAUGCUUCUGGCCUCCUCUCCUAGGUCAUGCGUCACCACAAGCCUGGGCAGCAACAUGCUCGACUUCUCAAACAGCGUGGCGCCGCCCCCUCCGGAGCUGAGGUGCCACCACCACUCCGACAACUCAUCCGAGUGCAACAGCACCGCCACAGGUUCAGCUCUCAAGAAGGCUAGGGUUCAGGCCUCGUCCUCAGCACAAUCUACUCUAAAGGUGAGGAAGGAGAGGCUAGGGGACAGAAUAACUGCACUUCACCAAAUAGUUUCCCCAUUUGGCAAGACUGACACGGCGUCUGUACUGCAAGAGACCAUUGGCUAUGUCAGAUUCCUCCUGGGUCAAAUUGAGGCUCUAAGCUACCCAUACAUGGGCCACGGCAGCAACGGGUCAUCCAUUCAAAAUGGACCAACUGGAGAAAGCAACCCUGGCCUCUUCCCAGAGUACCCCGGACAGUUGCUAAACCAUAAUAACAACACUGGAGGAGUACAGCAGCAGGCUCCAGGCCAACCAGAGCAGCAGGGUGCUGUGAAUGAAGAGGCGAGCAAGAAGGACCUGAGGAGCCGGGGCUUGUGCCUCGUCCCAGUCUCGUGCACGUCCCACUUUGGCGGAGACAACGCUGCUGACUACUGGGCCCCGGCGCCGCUUGGCGGGAUGAUCCUCCAGUAGAAGAGACGACUGGUCUUGCAGCAAGUAUAUGUGUUGUGCAUGGGGUGGUGCAGGAGUACGUAACAGCGCGCGUAAGUACGUACAUACCAUCAUGAGCAGUCACUCUACUAAGGCUGAUUGCUCUUGAUGCUAUGCUAUGCGAGUGUAGUGUAAUCAUAUCAUGGGGGUGAAAGCGAUUAAGCCUUCUGUAUCUGCAUUGUUCUCUGCGAAGAGGCUUUUCAUGAAGGAAGCUGUGCAUGGCCGGUCUAUUUCUUCUCUAGCUGGUCGUCCUCCUUCAGUCCUUGCAAAAUUUAUGGGUUUGUUGUAUAUGUAAAUCUAGCAAGUUAUAUAGUGAACUUUAAUUAUUAUUUUUCUGUC